UGCCUUGCCUUUUCAGGUGCAAAAAACUGGGUGACUUGAGUGUGGAUGAGUUUUUAACCUCUGGAUUUGAUUCCGAUGUGGCUGAGGAUUCGGUGGAAGAUGCUCCAGAUUCUGGGGAAGAUGAGGGUAGAAAGCUGCCUUCAAAGGUUGACAGCAAAAAGAAACCAGGGUGUAAUUUGAGACCAGCGAAAAGGAAAAUAAAUAAAGGCCAUGCUUCGCAGCAUAAAGACCAGCUCUCUCGACUAAAGGAACGAGAUCCAGAAUUUUACAAGUUCCUGGAAGAAAAUGACAAGACUCUGCUUAAUUUUGAUGACUCCGACAGUUCUGAUGAAGAGGAAGGCCUUCAUGUGUUGCCUGAAAAAUUAGAGGAAGCAAGGGAUGAGGAGGAGGAGGAAGAAGAAAGAACGAUUAAGCGAAAAAAGUUUGACUUCAUCACAGUGACAUUGAAAAUGGUGGAACAGUGGAAGGAAGCUGCAGAGAGGAAACUCUCGCCUCGGCUGUUCCAUGAGAUCGCUCAGGCCUUCAAAGCCUGCGUGGUCACCGCCAAAGGGGAAUCGGCAGGGCCGGAUUCUGGCAAGUUCAAAGUCACAGACAGCGCAGUCUUCAACGUGCUCGUCUCCUUCUGUGUCCGUGACCUCUUUGUCCUGCUGCAGAGAUUGCUUCAGGUGAAACCUGCGAAAAACAGAUCAAAGUUAGUCUUGCCUUCCUCCAGCCCACUGUGGAGCAAGUUACGGUUGGACAUCAAAAUGCACCUUGGCUGUACCAUCCAGCUCCUGUCUUGUUUAACUCAAACCUCGGUAACAACAGCCGUCCUCCAGCACAUCAGUGCCAUUGUGCCUUUUUACCUGAGUUUUCCCAAACAGUGCCGCGUGCUACUUAAGCAAACUAUUCGACUCUGGAGCACAGGUGAGGAAGUUGUGAGGGUUCUAGCUUUCCUGGUGCUGAACAAAAUCUGCCGGCACAAGCAAGAUGCCUACUUAGCCUCUAUUCUCAAGCAAAUGUACAUUUCCUACGUCAAGAACUCGAGGUUCACCUCUCCCAACAUCCUACCCCUGAUCAACUUCAUGCAGCGGACUCUGAUAGAGAUGUACGCCCUGGACCACUGCGUUUCCUACCAGCAGGCCUUCAUUUACAUCCGCCAGCUGGCCAUCCAUUUGCGUGGUGCCAUGACCAUAAAGAAGAAGGAAAACUGUCAGUCCGUUUACAACUGGCAGUACAUCCACUGCCUAUAUUUCUGGUGCCGGGUUCUGAGUACGAUGCAUCCAAACGAAGUCAUGCAACCUUUGAUUUAUCCCUUGACCCAAGUCAUCAUUGGCUGCAUUAAGCUGGUACCUACAGCUCGUUUCUACCCUCUGCGCAUGCACUGCAUUCGAGCACUGACCCUGCUGUCGGAGAGCACUUGCACAUUCAUUCCCAUCCUGCCCUUUAUUUUGGAGGUUUUCCAACAGGUGGACUUCAACAAGAAACCGGGGCGCAUGAGCGCCAAGCCUAUUAACUUCGCAGUCAUCUUGAAGCUCUCCAAUGCCAACCUACAGGAGAAGGCCUUCCGGGACGGCCUCCUUGAACAGCUCUAUGACUUGACUCUGGAAUAUCUCCACAGCCAGUCCUACGCAAUCGGCUUCCCAGAACUGGCUCUGCCUGCCAUCCUUCAGCUGAAGUCCUUCCUGAAGGGGUGCAAGAUUGCCAACUAUUGCAAAACCGUCCGUCAGCUCUUGGAAAAACUGCAGGAGAACUCUGCGUAUGUCACCGCCAAGCGCCAGAAAGCUUCCUUCGGCGUCUCCAAUCGGGAGGCUGUGGAGCAGUGGGAAAAAAAUGUAAAAGAAGAAGGAACUCCACUAAUGACAUAUUACGUGACUUGGAAGAAACUGCGAGAGAAGGAAAUACAGCUGGAAAUUACUGGCAAAGAGCGGCUGGAAGAUCUAAACUUCCCUGAAAUCAAACGGAAGAAGCCAGGCGAAAAGAAAGAUGACGACAAGAGGGAAUUUAAGGACCUCUUUGAGAUGGAGAGCAGUUCGGAAGACGAAGAAAACUCUGGUGUCUUUUCCAUCAAAGCGAAAGGCAAGAAGGGGGCUGAAGACGGUGCUCCCGUGAGCAGCAGCGAGGAAGAGGAAGGGGAGUACGAAGUCGACAGCGAGGAGGAGGAGGAGGAGAACUCGAGCGAUCCAGAUGGGGGCAAAAGGGCCGUGCCUGGAGGCCGGGGCCGAAAACCACUGUCUCGGGCAGAGCUGCAACAGCUGGCACGAGGAGGAGAGGAUGUGGUGGAAGACUUGGCCUUCUCCGACGGGGACUGAUGGACGGGCUGGGGGGGAUGAUCGGACAGCUGUU